UUCUGUUUUAGCAUUGGUCUUUUUGGUAUCAGUGCAUUGCCCACAAUGUAUAGAUACAACUGAGAAAGAGUGACAGCUAUUUAGAAAAAAAAAUCUUAAAAGGUAAAAGCCAUUACUAAUGUAAUGGCACAAUCUGAAUAUUGAUGUGCAGAAUUUCAAACACAUUAGAUGGACAGGUGUUGAUGUACUAGAGCUUUAGUCUUUAGUAUUUCUUGAAUAGAUUAAUAAAAUUUCGUGUCAACUAGAUUAUCAGGCAGUUGUUAUCAGUUGUGGCUUAGUUUCUAGCCACUCCUGUUUUCUCAGUUGAAACACUAACUUCUAGCCUCAAGUUAUUAUUCACACCCUUCCUAUUGUUUCCCUUAAUUGAGCCAGAGACACAACUAUGAAUCAGUCUGCAGGAUCUGGCCCGGACCCCCUCUUGUGAGUCAGUCUUGACCCUCUGCUCGGAAAGUAAGCGAGCCCACAUUGUUCUUAUGUAAAUGUUACUUAGUUGUUUGCUUGAAAAGCAGUGCAUCCAGAGCAGUGGCUAUACAACAUGCAAGUGGUAAUGUUUCACCCAUCCAUAACCAUAGAGUUGAUAAUUGCAGAGCUUGUGUGGUUAAUCGUUCUCUUGAUGUAUUUUGAAUGAGCAUGAAGCUACUUGUAGGAAGCACAGGACCUUGGCAAACUCACAAGCCUCUACAAUAGUUUGACAGCUAGUUUCUCCAUGUCUGGUUCUGGGUGUUCCAUUCAUUUAAGAGUGAUAUAUGGAGGUGAGACAGGCUGUGCCAACAAAGGCAUCUGAAUGCAGUGUGUGCUGCGACUCAGGUGAAAGUCAGGACAGCCAGCCGCUGGGUCUCUGCUGGCAGACAUCUUCCUCCCAGCCCUUCACACCUCCUGUCUCUCCAGCAGACAGACAGAAGAGUCCCAGCCCUCACCACAAUCCACAGAGAAGUCCUUUUUUCCCUGAGGAAUGAGCCCUUAGCCUGUGCUGCCUUAAUCAAACACAGGCUGAUUCUACUGCUCCUUUUCACCUUCUAUGCAGCCUCCACAGGACAAGCAGGUUGUCAGGAUGAAGGAGGAGAAUUUGUUCCAUCGGAGGUUUUCUCUGUGCCCCAAUGCUACCUCCCCACCCAAAAUUGACCCCCCCUCCCUCACCCGGAAUCUGUCUUAUGGAGGAGACACCGACCUCUACAACCUCAGUCCAGGCAGUGAGACAGGCAGGAACGGUCUCUCCAUGCUGAGUAAUGAACUAAGCCCUGCCCAAUCACCAGGCAGUAAGUCUGAGUCCAGGAUGUUUAAUGGUGUUGAGAAGGACUGCCCCUCUCCCACAGAGAAGCUGGCCCGGAAGGAGUCUCUUAAGGUCCAAAAGCAGAACUACCGUCAAGAAAAGAAACGGGCAGCUAAAGAACUGUUCAGUGCACUAAAGGAUCCCAGUGUUGUCAUCAUGUCCAACUGGCUAAAGAUCCGUGGCUCUUUAAAGAGUUGGACCAAACUGUGGUGUGCCCUGAAGCCUGGAGUUCUUUUGAUCUAUAAGACCCCCAAAACAGACCACUGGGUGGGCACCAUCCUGCUCAGUGCAUGCAAGCUGAUAGAGAGACCCUCAAAGAAGGACGGCUUCUGCUUCAAGCUCUACCACCCACUGGACAAAUCCAUCUGGGCUGUCAAGGGUCCCAAAGGAGAAAACGUUGGCUCCAUCACACAGCCUCUACCCAGCAACUACCUGAUCUUCAGAGCAGCAUCUGAGUCGGAUGGCCGGUGCUGGAUGGAUGCCUUGGAGCUAGCUCUGAGCUGCUCCAGUCUCUACAAGCUGACAGCCAAAGCUGGGAGAGAAGCAGAUAUCAGCACGACGUCAGAGUCCUCCCAUAUACUCCACCUGCUGCAGUCUACUACACUCAGUGAUACAGAGCUGCUACAGUUAAAUGACAGUGUGCUUCUGGGCAAUCACCACAUGGAGCAUGACGGCUUUUCUGACAAAUCUGAGCGUGAGGCUCAUGAUGACUGGGACACUGCAGCCAAUGAGAAUGGAGGAAGACUGACUGAGGAGAGCGACAUGGAGCAAUCAGACGAGCUGUCUCCCGGGCCACAGGCCACAGCCUAUGUAGAGCAGAGCACAGAAGAGAUGGCUGAGGCUGGGGAGGCAUCCCAGGUAGAGACUGUAUCAGAGGAGAACAAGGGUCUGAUCUGGGGCUUGCUGAAGCAGUUGCGGCCAGGCAUGGACCUGUCCAAGGUGGUGCUGCCCACCUUCAUCUUGGAACCACGCUCUUUCCUCGACAAGCUGUCUGACUACUACUACCAUGCUGAUCUGCUCUCACAAGCUGCUUUGGAGGAGAGUGCAUACGGUCGGAUCAAGCAGGUGUUAAGAUGGUACUUGUCUGGCUUCUACAAGAAACCCAAGGGUCUGAAGAAACCUUACAAUCCAAUCCUGGGGGAAACGUUUCGCUGCUGCUGGCUUCAUCCUAAAACUGACAGCUGCACUUUUUACAUAGCUGAACAGGUGUCCCACCAUCCGCCCAUCUCUGCCUUUUAUGUCUGCAAUAGAAAGGAUGGUUUUUCAAUCAGUGGGAGCAUCCUGGCAAAGUCCAAGUUCUAUGGUAACUCUCUGUCAGCCAUUCUGGAUGGCAAAGCCAGGUUGCUAUUCUUGAGCAGGGGCGAGGAGUAUAUCAUCACCAUGCCCUACGCUCACUGCAAAGGUAUCCUGUAUGGUACUAUGACACUAGAACUGGGUGGGAAGGUUACCAUUGAGUGUGAGAAAACCAAAUGUUUCUCAGAGCUGGAGUUCAAACUCAAGCCUUUCCUUGGAGGCUCCUGCUCUGUGAAUCAGAUCAGUGGGAAGAUCUCUGUAGGAGAGGAAGUGGUGGCCACUGUUGAUGGACACUGGGACAGUGAAGUGUUCAUUCAUGAGAAACGCUCUGGACAGCAGGAGACUUUGUGGAACCCGAGCCCAGACAUUCGCAGCAACCGCCUCAAGAGACAAGUGGUCCAAAUAGACCAGCAGGGAGAGUUUGAGUCUGAAAGACUGUGGCAACAUGUGACCAGCGCCAUCAUGGAUCGGGACCAGCUUCGGGCCACCCAGGAGAAGUUUGUGCUGGAGGAAGCCCAGCGGAAAGAGGCCAGGGAGAGAGGAGACAAAACUUGGAUCCCACGACUAUUCCACCUGGACCCCGUCACCUCAGAGUGGACCUACAGACACAUGGACCUGCAGCCAUGGGACCCUGACUGCUGUCUGGUUCAGUUUGAGAAGGAUGGAGUGAUUCAGACGCAUGUGAAAAGCCAGAGGCAACAUAAUGGACUCUCCUACAGCCACAGCUGGGCCAGCCAGCAGAAGGCUGAGGUGAAUGGAAAACGCAGGAAAGCCAGUAGUCAGCCGUCCAGCUGCAGCCAGAACACUGAGAGCAGCAGCACCACACCAGAACCCACACACGAGUCUUCAGACAAUGAAGGGUUCUCAAAUCAGUGUGCACGGUGCAGUAAAGAGGUAAAGGACAUCGCCCUGAUGGAGGCCUCCCUUACAUCCAUACAGAAGACACAGCAAGACAUCCAGAGGAACCUAGUCGCUCUGAGUCAGCAGCUGGCUCGUCAGAGGGCGACAGAUGACGGCAUGUCGUUAACAGGCCGCCACUGUCUCAUCCUGUGUGUUCUGCUCCUAUCACAGCUCCUCCUCAACUAUGUCUUCACCUGAGCCCUGCUCCUUGGGAGGGGUGGAGGCAGGGCGCAGGAGUUUCCCUCCAGCACUGAUCUGACAUUAGGUCCCUCUAAAAAGCACAGACUCUAAUCAGCCGACGAGGGCCUCAGAUCAGUGUUAGAAGGGCAACUUUGCCCCUUUUUGUGUCUUCUGAAAGGGGAGGAGAAUGGACUUUAUAGCAAUAAACACAGCCACAGCCACCGCCUGUCAGUCAUCUGCAGAGAGGAACAGCACCCCCUAGUGUAGCCAGACUGAAACAGCACCGGCACCCACGCACUUUGGACAGGAAAGAAAGGAUGAGGGACAAGCACUACUUAAAAAGAUUUUGGAUGAUAAAGAUAAAGGGUAUGAUGGAGAAUGAUUCUGCAAAAAGAAACGACAGAGAGGAUGUUUCACCAUUCCUUAGUGUCUUUUUAUAUUGCUCUGCAAUACUGUCUGUCUGUCUGUUAGUGUGCCUGUAUGUGUGUUAUUCGUACCUACAGUUCAGUAGGCCCUAUGGGCGCAGGCAGAUCACCGCUUGGACUUCUCCGACUUCCCUUCCACUCCAGAUUUUUGGGCCUUAACGCUAAAGCCAAAAAGAAGAAGAAAAACACAACGCAGACAAACAAAGAAGGAGUAUCUUCCAACAGUGCAAUUCUGUGUAUUUUAUAUUGAUGUGUGCUCAAAUACACUCUGUUUCAUCUUUUAAUGAUGACAAUUUUACCAAAACAGUAUUUAUAAUCCGAAAGGACAAAGACUACUUGUUUACAGGGAGCACUGUGUGUGUGUGUGUGUGUGUGUGUGUGUGUGUGUGUGUGUAGGAAGGAAGGAUAUUGAGACUGAGGCAGGGCAGGCAGCCAAACAGUGUCUUUGUACUUCUGUGCCUGUAGUGCUGUAACAGAAGGAGUAAUAGCAUAGCACUGCUGUGGUCCAGACCAUGACACUAGUGUGUACAAUCAAUUACACAGAGAAACAGCGUGUGGAGGAAGAAAGAACGAAUGCAAAUAAACAAGAAAACAAGUGUAUAUCUUGGCCUAUUGAAGGGGUUUGUGUGUGCAUCUUGAUCCACACCAUGUUCAAGUGACUAUUAUAAGAUGUAAACAUUUAGCAAUGAGUUGUUUUGUUUUUCUUUUAAUCAGUUUGUACAUAUAUAUCUUUGUCUGUUUGUGUUUCAGAAAGGGAUUUCAGAAUGUAUUUAUUGGGUGAUUAACCUUGACUUUCCUAAUCUAAUCCAGUUUGGAGGAUGGAGACCAGAGGUGACAAUCGCUCUCACAGGGUUGUGUGGGUUUGUCAUAUUUGUUUGUGUGUGUUUGUGAGCGUGUGAAAGAGAGAGAGGGAGGGAGCACAUUUGUGCUAGAAAGCCAUUACGAUUGUCCUAUACAAAGCCGGGUCUGUGAUCUCGGCUUUGACUGUUGCAUUUCAGUCUCGGUUGCCAGUACUGAUCUACCCAAUGGGAGAGACUCGGGGAGCACAAAGAAGGAAGUCGACUCUUUGAAUGCUUUUAUUUACACCUUAAGUUCUCUAUUCUUUUCAUUAUUUUCCUGUUUUCUACUCUGCUGCCAUGUUGUUGGAAUUCUACAUGCCAGAUAUUUUUAUCAUAUGGACCUACAGGAGAACAUGAUGUUGCCCAAUGUUUUCAUUCAUACCUGUUGUAUGCUGUAGCACUACAGUAAAACAUUUUAACCCUG